AUCUCUUCCGUUUCUUUCACCUCUUCGUCCGUCCCUCCCUUCUCUUGCCAUUAUCUUCACGUUUCUAAAAUAAAGCAGAAUGUGAGCCAGGGACGGGAGAGAGAUAGAGGGGGGGGGAGGAUGGAUUUGUCUCGAACCGAGAAGGCGAGGCAAAUCUUCGAGCAGUUCGACGUCAACGGCGAUGGCGGGCUCGACCGGGAGGAGAUGGCCAACCUCGUGGCCGCCGUCAACCCCCACGUCAAGUUCACCGACGAGCAGCUAAGCGCCAUCCUCGACGAGGUCUUCCGCACCUACGCCGACUUCACCAUUCCUGGUCCCGGCCUCACCCUCGACGGCCUCCGACGCACCUACGACGACGGCACCGGCGACGUCGAUCGCGACUUCCAAGCCCUCUCCUUCCAUGCCCCCUCCUCCUCCUCCUCCUCCACUGCCGCCUCCCCCGACCCCAACCACCGCGUUGUCUCUGAGUCCACCUCCGCCAUCCUCGACGACCUCGAGAUCCUCAUCAAACGCCUCCGCUCGAAACAAAUGUCCAAGGAUGGCAAUAGCUUCGCUAGCUUCUCGGACUCCGGGUGGUCCCGGGAUCUCGGCUCCGGCGACUCCACCGAGAGGCCGGUGCUCUGGGACGAGAGCGGGCCCCACUAUGUCCUCUUCCUCAAGGAGCUUGCCGCUCUCCGCGGCCGCGCCGACACUGCUGUAUUACAGGAGGAGGCGUUCGACGGCCACAUGGCCAUUGGUCGAGCACUCUACAAGCAGCAGUUAUACCAGGAAGCUCUCGCCAGCUUCCACCGUGCCAGCGAGCUGCAGCCAACCGACGCCCGCUCCCACUUCCACGCUGGGAACUCCCUCUGCGCCCUCCGUAAGCACGCGGAGGCUAGAGGGGAACUCUUGCUCGCUCUCGAGGCCGCCGAGGCCGGGGUGGACCGAUGGGCACAUCUCCUCCCCCAGAUCCACGUCAAUCUUGGCGUUUCCAUGGAAGGGGAGGGAAUGCUCCUUGGUGCUUGCGAGCACUACCGAGAGGCGGCCAUUCUCUGCCCCACCCAUUUCAGAGCUCUGAAGCUCCUCGGCAGCGCUCUUUUCGGCGUCGGCGAGUACCAGGAUGCCAAGAAGGCGUUGGAGGAGGCGGUCUUGUUGAGGCCGGACUACGCCGACGCCCGCUGCGAUCUCGGCUCGGUCCUGCAUGCAUUGGGGGAGGACGAGAGGGCGGUGCAGGAGUUCCAGAAGGCCAUUGAUUUGAAGCCCGGGCAUGUGGAUGCAUUGUAUAAUCUUGGAGGAUUGUUUAUGGAUUCGGGGAGGUUUGCGAGAGCCACGGAGAUGUACACCAGGGUGCUGACGAUUUGCCCCAACCACUGGCAGGCGCAGCUGAACAAGGCGGUGUCACUGCUAGGGGCUGGGGAGGCUGAGGAGGCCAGAAAGGCACUUAAGGAGGCCUUCAAGAUGACAAAGAGGGUGGAGCUCUAUGAUGCAAUUGCCCACCUCAAGAAGCUGAAGAAGAAGGACAAGAAGAAGAAGAAGAAGAAGCCACUGCCUGAUGGGAAUGGAGAUGAGUCUUUUCUCUUGGUGGAUCCUUCCAAGUUCAGGAUGGUGGGGUUGGAGUCUGUGGUGAGACAGGAUUUGGCUGAUGCACUGGAAAUCAGAGCCUUCCAAAAGCUCACAAGGUUAAGCUGCUGCAAUGUGGAUCUUUUGAAGAAGGAAUUGAAUCAGAAUGAUGUCCCUAUAUCUUAUUCUGGUAGCCGUGCUCCUGAGAAAUCUAUUCACAGGGUUGCCUUGGAAAGAAUUGUCCACAAGACGCUUCAUUUUCUCAAAGGUGAGAUGUUCGAAGAGGCGUUCAAAGCAAUCAAUGAGAAGGUUCUCUCCGUCAUGGUUGCUUCCGCCUCUGCCCGGGUGGAUUUGGGCAUGUUCUUUGCUGUUCUCGCUCCGAUCUGCUCGGGUCCUGCCGGCAAGCGGAAAAGAGUGGCCUUUGAUGCACUUUUAUGGCGGCCUAACAACGAAUACAGGGCCGAAAUCAGAAGAUGUGAUGCAGUUGCUUAUAUUAAGCUGCUGAGGGCUGUUUAUAUCCCUUCACAUGAUUCUAGUGAUAUGAUUGCAGUGCAUGGCAUGCCUGAUGUCUCAAGGAUCUCUUUCCGUGAGUUCGUCGAGAUGUUUGAUGAUCCAGACAGGGGUUUUGGCAUAUUGGACACAUUGGUGAAGCUCGAAGCUGGUGAUCGGAUUCGCCAUGGCCGGCGUACCUGUUUUAUGUGUCAGUAUCCAAUCGUAGGGUCUAUAUUUAAGGAGACACGGUAUAAUUUCAACCUCUGCAGUCGUUGCUACAGUGAAGGGAAGGUGCCAUCUAAUUUCAAGCGGGAGGAUUAUGAGUUCAAAGAGUAUGGAAACUUGACUGAAUCCGUGAGAGAUAAGUCCUUGUGUUUUAAUUUACAUCCAAAAACCUAUUAAUGUGAACUUAUGUAAUUAAAUGCUCUGCCAUUUUCAAGUGUUGAAGAUCCAAUAAUUUGCCUACAUGUGUUACACAAAGUACGCUUAUGCCUUGCAAACUAUCCAUCUACAGAAUUACAUCAUUUGUUUUCAUAGAAUGAAUGCACGUAACAUAAAAUUUUUCUUUA